AGAAGAUUGUACCAGCAUCUCUCAUUGCAAGAAUUAAAAGAAUCAACAUGUUUAAAUUGGCUUGUGCUGUAUUGGUUUCCCUGUGUAUAAUAGAUGUUGUAACAGGACAUGCUCGAUUUAUUGAGCCACCAUCUAGAGCGUCCAUGUGGAGAUAUGGUUUUAAUACACCACCUGAUUAUAAUGAUAAUGAAGGUUUCUGUGGGGGUAGAGAGCGUCUGAUAAGAAAUGGAGGAAGAUGUGGAAUUUGUGGUGACCCCUAUGAUGCCAAUGUUAAGCCUCAUGAAGUGGGUGGAAAAUAUGCUACAGGACAAAUCGUCAAGAAUUACCGAGCUGGACAGACUUUUACUGCUAAAAUUGAGGUCACGGCCAAUCAUAAGGGUUAUUUUGAAUUUAGACUUUGUGCUAACAAUGACGUAACCAGGGAAGUUACUCAAGAGUGUUUAAACAGAAAUAUUUUAACCUUGGCUAAUGGUUCCGGAACUAAGUAUUUUGUUGAUUCUUCAAAUGGAAUUAAACAAGUCCAAUUAUUUUUACCUGCGACCAUAGUGUGCUCACACUGUGUUUUACAAUGGAGGUACCGCAGUGGAAACAGCUGGGGAACAGAUCCUGACGGCACAUCAUGUAUUGGGUGUGGACCUCAAGAGGAAUAUUAUGCUUGCUCUGAUAUAUCCAUUGAUGGAACGAACCGACCACUCGCACCAACACUACCCAUCAAAACAACACAGAUAAGGCUUAGACCAACAAAUCCACCACAGAGACCCACAAAACCAAUCAAUAGACCUGCAGGAAAACAUGGCAAGUGUUAUGCUAUUGGAAA